GACGGAACUAUUCCUGUGUGGUCGGAACUGUUGUUGCGAGCGUCGGCCGGACUGGUUAGUGGGUGCUCCGCUACUGUCAGGUCAAAAUGUUGUUAGCAGGAUGUUCCCGGAGGAUUAAAGCUCUUUUUGGUCAACACACACUCUCAGGUCUGAGGAGCCUCGGGACUUCAACAACCCACAAAGAAGAACUGCUGUCGCAGAUGGAAAAUCCGUACAAGCAGCCCCAGAAAGGCUGCAUUCUCUGUAACAUCAGCGUGGACUACAAAAACAUCCAGCUGCUGUCUCAGUUCAUCUCUCCUCACACCGGAAGGAUCUACGGCCGCCACAUCACAGGUCUGUGCGGAGUCAAACAGAAGGAGGUGUCCAAGGCCAUAAAGAAAGCCCACAGCAUGGGUUUCAUGUCGGUGACUCACAAACACCCACAGUUCAUGAAGGACCCCAACAUCUGUGGACUGAAACAUCUGGACUGAAGCUCGGCUCUAAUAAAGCGUCUCUGCUGUCUCGUC